GGCGGGGAUGACUCCGCCCUCAUUCUUUUGGCCUGACGUCAUUGUCGCCUGUGUUUUUUAUGAAUGAAGGAAUCCAACCUCAGAGAGCAGCGGAGUAAUUCCGGGAAAAGGCGGACUGACAUUUUGUCGCCAGAGUCGCUUCGACCCACCAGAGUGCGUGUAUCUGUUUUGACUGCUGCCUGGGGGUAAAACCACAGUCCAAUCAUGACGUCGGAAAGAAACAGCAAAGCCCUGAAGGUGAAGCAGGAAUGUGGCGAGAACGUGCCCAUCCUGUCAGACAGCGAGCUCAUGUCCCUCUCAGUAAGAGAGUUGAACCUCCACCUGCGUGGCCUCUCCCGUGAGGAGAUCCAGAAGCUGAAGCAGCGCCGUCGCACCUUGAAGAACCGAGGCUAUGCCGCCAGCUGCCGGGUCAAACGUGUCUCACAACGGGAGGCGCUGGAGCAGCAGAAGAUGGAGCUGCAGAGAGAGGUGGAGCGGCUCGGGGCCGAGAACGCCGGCAUGAGGAAAGAGCUGGAGGGGCUCGGCGCUCGUCUCGCCGCCCUCCAGAGGUUUGCAAGGGGCUUAGAGGCCGGAGGAGGUCACCUGCUCGCAACAGCUCCACGCCUCAACACCGCCUCUGUUAUCACCAUCGUGAAGAGUCCACCACAGCAGCAGCAGCAGCCACAGAGAGAGCAUGAACCAUCCUAGAAGGAGCUGAUUGAACGUGACUGGGGGGAGGGACGCACAACCUGCAAUGCAAACACCAACACCUGCAGACAUAUACAGACGUUGAAAACAGGAAAAGGAUAUUAGUAGGAAAGUACUAAACCACCAUCAACGUCAGGCUUCACUUAAACAUUCUACAAAAUUACAUUUCCUGGUUUCAUUUAGUCCUGUGUGACAUAAUCAGUAUGUUUACAUGCCGUUACAAAAAGUUGAAUUAUUGUGUUAGUCUGACUUAAAUGGAUUUUUAGGAUACAUGUAAAAUGAUAUAAGGCUGGGGAUAUACUUGCAGUUUCACCUUUAGAUUGAGUGUGCAUCCAGCUACAUUAAAAAACAUCACUAAUUAGAAACAAUAGAUCAGCUCAGGCUGAUAGCAAUGAUCCGGACACACCACACUCCAACAUUACCCUCUGUGCACUAAGGACGAGUAUUGAAAUUUUCGUACUGACGUGGUACCGGUACCAUCACAUCCAGUACCUAACGGACUGAAUUACAGCACAGAUAUCAGAUAUCAAUCCUUCAUUUAAUACCUCGCCACCCCAAAUGAGAGGCAAGAACUUGUCAUGGAAUUUGUGUAAUUUGUGUGUCAAGUUACACUGAUUUCCUUGUCUUAUCCCAUACACAUCUGGCAUCUUAUAAAGAGAUUCCCAGAUGACUGUCAGCACACUUCUCAAAAGUAUCAAUUCAGGCACUUUUUAUGCACCGGUAUCGAUUUAUCACCGGCAUUGGAAAACCUAAACAAUAUCCAUCCCUAACGUAUACCAAUAAAAGACCACAGUGUUUCACUUCAAUUAGUGACCAUGUUAUCUGGUGACAUUCAGUUGAGUAAAUUUUCAAAUGCCAUAUUUACAUUAUCUGUUGGAAACAGGAAGAGUCUUUGCAAAUGACCCUUUGUUUGGCUGUCACUGUAAUGUCAAAGUAUUCUCAUCAGAUUGGAAGGAAAAACAAACUCUUACAGCCGUGGAUACAUUUGCCUGAAAGUCACCACUUUAAACGUCACUCUAUGGAGCGAUACUUGGAUAUUAUUUCCAUAAUUUAGUAUUUAGGAUCUGUUUACAUUCCGUCCUCAUUUUAAAAUGGUUCAAUGCAGACGGUUGCGUUUGAAAAAAACAGCCUCCGUGAACUCAAAACUGCAGAAAACACCAAAAAUGUUGUAGUAUUCCUGCCAGGCCACUAGUUGGCAGUGUGAUUUUGCAAUGAACCAAAACACACACUAGGUAGAGACCAUUCCCUCUAGUGCCUAUGUGUGUUUUCAGAAAGUUGCAGGUCUACAUGGAGACUGACACAGGGGUGUUUUGAAAACUUUUCACCCUGGAGCUCAUUUAAAAGUAGUUCCAUUUUCAGGCACCAAAAUCGCAGUACUUGUGUAAACAGCCAAAAUGAAAACAAAAGUUUAGCGUUUUCACCUGAAAAGCUCGUGGAGUACACAGGGCCCUAAAUUGCAAACUGUAAAAAAUAAAUUUGGACUUGGAUCACCUGUUUGCUUUUAAAAUUCUACCUGCUGCUGGGUCCACUCUCAAAUCCUCUGUCUCCACAUCACCCCUACUACAUAUGUGCAUAUACGUAGCAUCUUUUGCCUUGAUUUUCAAGGGUUUACACAGCCGACGCUCCAAACAGUUGCAGCGGAGAUGUGGUAUCCAUGAUGUGUUUACUUAAGCACAGCAAAUAGCAAGUGUAUCUCCAGACUUCCUUUACAUGAAAUCUUACCAAGUCCAAUUUCUUUAAGCUAGAUAACUGGACUGUAGUUGAAUUGACUUUUACAUGGACAUGCCUCAGUAGCAUUCUGCAACCUCUGCACUAGACAGUAACCCAGGAGUCAAACAACAUAGCUGCUUCGCAUAGCAUCAGUCAUGUCGUUUCUACCUUUGGUCAUCAACACAAGCUAGGGAGAAAAUGUGCAUCACAUUUACACCAAAAGUAAAUCAUAAGGCAAAUGUACAGAGCUGUAAAAUUGUUUUUGCAUUCACCAUUUGGCAAACAUGUUCGCUGCCUGCUAUUAUGAUAGCAAUGUCAACUGGUGCUACGUCCAAUAGUAAGUAGCUGAAAUAGUAGCAGAGUCAGACAUAUCUCUGUCAGUACAUUGAUUUCUUUUCCCAGUGCUGUUGUACUGGGACAAAGACAGCUGUCCAGUAAAAUAUCCUGAUCAAGCUUUAACUGAAUCUUGACGUAGCUGUGCAUGUAAAUGUGCUGAUUGUUCACACAGGUUUGUAAUGUCACCUAAGAGAUACUAACAUUGCAAGAGUCUCAAACAGUAAAUAAUCAAGACAAGUGGAGAUGUCCUCUACUUAGAGACACAGUAGCUUAGCUGACUGAAAGUUACCUGAGUGUAUUUAGCUGUUUUAGAACAAUGUUGUUAAAAGAUGCUGCAGAGUUAAUGUGAAAGAUAAGAGUCACCACACAGACACACAUGAACAUAAACAUAACCCUCAGUCAUCCCCCAGAUCCAGACGGGGUGUACACAUCGUCAAACUGAGCUCUGACUGAAGCCAGACCAACCCUCCAGAGUUACUGCACAACCUCACGCUACCAUCACCCAUUGCUUCAGCCGAGGGGCUCCUCCUCGCUUCACCUCAUGUCACCUGACCAAUGGCAGAAUACCAGGCAGGGUGGAGGGGGAGCAUAUGUGCAGCCUCCUCCACCUUUACAUGUCCGCAUUCCUGGUGCAGUUCUAGCUGCUGGCUGUUUCUUAUAUCAGUGCGUCUCUGCUGUCGUGUACCAAAGUUUGAGUCACUUUUGUUAGUCAUUAAUGAAGAGUUUCUCAACCGUGGUGUCACUUGAUAUAUGGGCGAGGUCAUGGGACAUUUUAGUGACAUUUUUUGCUCUGUUAAAGAAAAUGAAAUGAUCAGAUUCUGGGAUCAGAAUACAGAGAAAGGUUGAGCUACACUGCAUUUGUGAAUUCUGCCAAGCUAUCCAUUCCUUGAAAUUUCAUAGUUUGGCUUCCCCUCCCUCCCUCUGUAUGUAGAGAGAGAUUUGUACUGCUUGUGCACACAUUUCUCACAUCAAUGCAGUGCCUUCAGUGUUGGAGUAAGAAGAAUGCAAACCUUAGAGGAGACGGAGUUAAAAACAGACUGUAAUCGCUCUUUCUUGACCGCACAUUUCUUUGUCUACGCUGAGCUGUACUCCCUCGUUGCUCAUUUCACAGUCCCUUCUGUGCAGUAACUUUGCUAAAGUCUGCUAUGGCUUCCCUUUUGUUUCAUAUCUGCUAGACCUCCAACAACACAUGUUGGUCAUUUUUGCUAGAAACGUGUAAACGCAGAGUCACAUCUGGUAGGAAUUACUGCUCGAGGUUCAAUGCAAAUCCUCUGCAUACAUUCCUGUUGUGUGUUCUUUAUUUGUACCGUUUGUAUGUGCCGUUGAGAGACGAAAAUGUUGAGUGACAUUUAUCAGAGAUAUAUUCUAUAUUUUAUUUGUAUUUAAAGGUAGAUAUUAUGAAAAGACAAGCUAACGAGUGCUGUGAUGUUCUAUAUGUUUUCAAAAGUACUUACUUAUGACUAGUCCGGGGAUAUUCUCUGUCUAAUUAUUGUGUUGUGUGGCGACGAUGAUUACUUUACAAAAUGUUAAUUAUUAUUAUUAUUAGCUAUAUAGAAAUAUGCUCAAAGCCAAUGGCCAUAUUGGUGUAUGAUGAUUUUUGUGUGUGUUUUUGCUAUGUCUGUACUGGCUUGUCAUAGUGGAUUUUUGGAGGGAUUUUAUUUUUCUACGAUGAUUUGUUCUGAUGUUGUUUGUCUGAAAAAUUAAGGUCACUUCUGAAUUGGCUGGGUGGGUGGGGAGGAAUCAUCGGAUGUUAAAGGAAAACCAGAAAGUGGAGAGAAAGAUUGUGACGUGGAAGAGGAGAGAAGAAAGUCAAAGAGUUGUUGAGUGAUGGAAAGAGGAAGUAGGAUUGUGAGAGAAGGUGGAGAGAAGCGGUGCUGUAUUCACUUGAAAAACCUCUAUCAGACACAGGCCUGUUUUCAGAGUCUGGGCCACCGCAGAGCUAGCAAUAUCAUUUCUAAGCAGGCAUUGUAACACAUUAGACCGUGCUGACGAGUAACUCCUAAAGAUAUGAGGCAUAUAUUUAGCUAUAUGAGUAUCAGUGUGGCAAAAAAGCAUUUAUUCUCGAUAUUUUAACGUCUCACUUCUGUCAAACUGUGCUGGAUGUUUUGUAAUACUUGCAAAACAAAAAUGGUUUUUGUAUUUAUUACUUGUAUUUUUUCUAUUGUGAAAAUUUAAGUACAUUGUCUAUUUUAUAUAUUAAUUAUAAUAAAUGUUGUACAUAUUGUAC